CAGGACAAGCCCCGUCAAAACGCCAACUCAUCUGUCCUGUGGAAGACUGAAUCCCAAUCGAGCGCCGUCACUUUCCCCGCUCGUCCCCUCUAUCGAGGAUGACGGGCGUGGCGUCCCCAGAGCACUAUCAUGGCUCUGUACUCAGACCCCCCGCCGUUGCACCCGUUCAGCGAAGACAAGCCGACUCUCCUAGUGUGCUGGUGGAUGACCCUGUUCUGCUCCGCCAUCAUUCUAUUGCGGCUUGCUGGCAGGCUUAUACGAACCGAGAAGCUGUUCAGGGAGGAUAACACGGCAGCCUUGGCCCUGGUUCCGCUAUUCCUGCGCAUGGGCUGCGUUCAUGUCAUUCUGAUCUAUGGCACUAACAAUGCCCAGCUAGCCGGUGCUGGACUUUCGGACGAACAACUCCACAAAAAGUCAAUCGCAAGCGGCUUGGUCCUGCUUAGCCGGAUUCUCUACGCCGCAGCGUUGUGGGUACUAAAGUACGCCAUCCUCGAGUUCUUGCGUCGGCUCAACGUCAACUGGCAGCGGUCUUAUGAGAUCUCGCUCGCAUUCGUUCGCGCACUUCUCAUCAUGACUUUCAUUGCCGUUGUCAUAAGUGGUUUGGCAGAAUGCCAACCCUUCUCCCAUUACUGGCAGGUGUUGCCGGACCCGGGAGGACAAUGCCGCCAGGGGUAUGCGCAGCUCCUCACCAUGGCUGUCUGUAAUGUCCUGACAGACUUGUUGCUGGUGAUCUUUCCUGUCCUUGUUAUUCUCAGGAGCUCAAUGACUGCCAAGCGCAAGUUCCACCUUGUGCUGCUCUUCUCUCUCAGCCUUGCCCCGGUUGCCGUCACGCUCUAUCGGGUGCCGCAAAUCUUUCAAUCCAAUGGAUCUCAACAGAGUCGCUCACUUUAUGCUUCCAUUGAGCUGCUUUUUGCGACCGCUGCGGCAAACGCCUUGGUCCUGGGCUCGUUCGUCCGAGACAGAGGCGUGAAGAAGAGGAGGUUCAAAUACGAAUCCGUCGCAGCGGGUUCGCUGGAGCGCUCGUCGGCUUCCGAGUCCCGGCGGCCGACCGUUCUAAAGCAUUGGGGGAGCGACGAGGAUCUGGUUCGGGAUAUGGGCUAUGGUAUAAGGCCAGAGUUACGAGAUCCCCAUCCAUCGCUGACGGAUAGCCGGCGAUAUAUACCAGCCCCGGUGGCCCAGCUGAGGCAGGACAUGGAUUCAUGGCAGUUCCCGGUGCAGAAAGGCGCAAAUCCGAACCGCAGUGGUGGACAAGGAGAAGGAGUGCCGUCAAUCAGGAGAAACUCGACUGCUACCCGAAGAGUCUCCUUUUUCGACUACGGGGGCUUACUCGAGGACCAGCAAGACCCUAAAAGCCGGCGACAGAGUGCCCCUUCCCACGAUCAACCGGCGUCUUCUGCCCCGGUGCCAGAACCGGUUAUUCCCGCAGGCGUAAGCGGCUUUCGGAGGGGUUCGGCAGCUCUAUUGCAGGACCUAGGUGGUUUUUUGAUGCCGCCACCUUCCAAGCCGGCGAAAGCAAUGAAGCCAGGAUCCAAGAACGGCACUUCAUCCCAGUCGCUGCCGCAGCCUCAAGCUCAAGCGCCAGGCGAGCCGGCGGAAUCUUCCGAUGCCGCUCAAAAGUCAAGUCCGAAGUCAAUGGUGGGCGGUCUACUCAAGAGCCGCAACACAGUUUGAGUCGUUGCGGUCCACAUCUGUUGGAGGAGGGCAGAACGAGCGUCUCUCAUAGUCCAGUGACGAGACGGAAUACACACACACCAACACACACACAUUCUCCUUCUCCUCUCCCUGCGCCCACACACAAAACAGCAUGUGCUUGGGGAGAACGAUACUAUGAAGCCAUUUGUCCUAUGGCGGAACCAAGUCCAAAUGAACUGGGUGUUAGCAGCGCCGGAAUGGGGAUUCGACAGCACCGUGAUGCCUCCGCGGCCAACUAGACAGCAAGGCAUAUCUGCACGAGACGGGAAUGGUGCUCGACAUCACGAAACCAAAUGAAGAUUUGGCUCACGCGAGCAGCUAGCCCAGUGUUGGAAGAACUAGCUGGGAGUCUAUCGUUGGCU